AUGUCUUCAGCAGCUGAAGAUGAUUAUAUUUGUCCCACGUGCUGUGAAAUCUUCAAGGCUCCUGUUUUUCUGUCGUGUAGUCACAGUGUCUGUAAAGAAUGUCUUCAACAGUUCUGGAGAAUCAAGAAAACUCAGGAGUGUCCCGUCUGCAAGAGAAGAUCCUCAAGAGAUGAUCCCCCAAUUAAUCUUGCGUUAAAAAAGCUAUGUGAGUCAUUCUUGAAGGAGAGAAAUGAGAGACAUUCAUCAGGAUCUGAGGAGAUCUGCAGUUUACACAGUGAGAAACUCAAACUCUUCUGUCUGGAGGACAAACAGCCUGUCUGUGUAGAGUGCUUCACUUCACAACAACACGACAAUCACACAGUAAGACCUAUCAGUGAAGUUGUUCCAUCAUAUAAGGAGGAGCUCAAUACAGCACUUAAAUCCUUGCAGCAGAAACUUCAACACAAUGAAAACAUUAAAGGAGAGUUUGAGAAAACAGUUCAAUACAUCAGGUCUCAAGCUAAGCACACAGAGCGUCAGAUUAAACAGCAGUUUGAGAAGCUUCAUCAGUUUCUCAGAGAUGAAGAAGAAGCUACAAUCACUGCACUGAGGGAGGAAGAGGAGCAGAAGAAGGAUAUGAUGAAGGAGAAGCUGGAGGAGAUGAACAGACACAUCUCAGCUCUUUCACACACAAUCAAAGACAUGGAGGAGAAGAUGAAAGCCAAUGACGUCUGCUUUCUGAAGGAGUUUCCAGUCUCAAUGGAAAGAGUCCAGAGCUUACAGUCGGAUCCACAGAUGGCUUCUGGAGCUUUGAUUCAUGUGCCGCAUUACUUGGGCAACCUGUUGUUCAGAGUCUGGAAGAAGAUGCAGGACAUCGUCCAAAACACUCCUGUCAUUCUGGACCCAAACACGGCUCAUCCAGAUCUCAUCUUGUCUGAUGAUCUGACCAGUGUGAUAUUCAGCAAGAACAACCAACCUCUUCCUGAUAAUCCAGAGAGAUUUGACUUCUAUCCCUGUGUUCUGAGUUCAGAGGGGUUUAACUCAGGAACACACAGCUGGGAUGUGGAGGUUAAACAGAGUUCAGGCUGGAGUCUUGGAGUAACUACAGCAUCAAACAAGAGGAAGGGACGCAAUUUCUUAAAGACUGAUGUCUGGAGUGUGCAGUAUCAUGUCAUGGGAAAGUCUUUAGGUUCUGGUUUUUGGGUUAAAUGGAAGGGUGAUCGUGUGAGAGUGAAUCUGGACUAUGACAGAGGAACAGUGUCAUUCUCUAAUCCUGUAACAAACACACAUCUUCACACAUUCACAACCACCUUUACUGACACCGUCUUUCCAUUCUUCUAUUGUUCUCACCCUCUGAGGAUCUUAGCGGUUAAUAGUCAGUAA